UGUGGCCAACCUAUCAACAAAGUUAAUACUAAUCGUCUGUCAUAUCCAGUUACAGCCGCAAAAAAUGAUUCUGAAACAUCAAAUAUUAAUAACGAUCCUUAUUAUAACGGAAUAAAUGCCCAUGCAAGACAAUCAUUACCGUCCCUUCUUUAUAAUCAGCAUCAGGCAUCUUUUUCCACAUCCUCAUUCGCAUCCUACAGCAAUUAUCCCUCAUCUCCAAUAAUUGACUAUUAUAAUAAAAAUGCAAAUUCUUUUGUAGACAAAAAUCAAUUAUUAUAUCAUCAAAAAUAUAAUGCAGAUUCUUUUAAUUCCUUAAAUGAUCCUUUGGGAAGGUCUAAAGGUUGUCCUGUUGUAGCAUUUGGCUUUGGUGGUAAAGUUUUUACAAUGUUUCCACGUACUGUGCAACGAUUUACUGGUACAGAUCAGAAUAUUGCUAUAGCAAAAUUUGCUCCAAGUGAAUUCACCAUACGCACACUCAAACAUUUUAUUUUCACAUCCGAUAUCGAUGAAUUUCCCGGUCCAUUGCUCAUGGAUAAUAAUAAAGGUGGUGUUAAGGCAAAAAAAAAACAACUGAAUAAAUAUCUUGGUGAUAAAAUAAUUUCAUUACAAGAUUCAGUAAUGAAAUUCUCUGGUGAAGAAAUUGAAAAGAAAAAAUUAGAAUCAGGAAAUCAUACUACACACAAUCCAUUUCGUCCAAAUUUUGGACCAGAAUUAGUUCAUCGUAAAUAUUUUUCCCCAUCAAUAAAAGAAUUUGGACAUAUAUUUAGGUCUCAAUUUCACUCUGGUGAUCCAAAAGAGAUAGCAAUUAAUUUUGUUGAAGAAUUGCAUCCGCAUUCUAAUUUUAUAAUAAAGAAUAUUUAUCGAUCGGAGCAUACUAAUGUUACUCAUGUAUAUUUCAAACAAGUCAUAAAUGGUAUAACAGUUACUAAUGGCGAUUUAAAUAUAAACAUCGACAAGCAUGGAUCAAUCAUCAGUACUGGAGAUUCUUUUGCUUUACCUAAGGGGAAUGCUGAACUUUAUAAUAUCAAUUUUGAUCCAAACCCCAUCAUCUCACCCUACGAGGCUCUAACAUCUUUUGCAAGUCUAUUAAACUUGCAAGCACCUGAAUAUGAUGAAUUGACAAUUUCAACUACAAAUUGGUUGAACGACGAACCUACAUUAUUAAUAUCAAAUGUAUCUUUUGCCUUGUCUGAUGUGGUUGUCAAGCAAUCCUAUCUUCAGCUAGAUACUGAUCAUCAACUACAAUUAAUCUGGGAAUUACAGAUUGAAAUGGAAAAUAACUGGUACCAUGCUCAUAUCGAUGCAUAUUAUGGCAAUCUAUUGUCUUUGAUAGAUUGGGUGUCAGAUGCUACUUAUAAUGUAUUCCCAUUAGGCCUAAAUGAUCCUUCCGAGGGAAGUCGAAAAUUAGUAACUGAUCCUAACGAUGUUAUUUCUUCUCCCUAUGGGUGGCAUUCUCAGGGCCCAAGAAAAAAUUUUACUACCACCAUCGGAAAUAAUGUUUAUGCUCACGAAAAUUUCAAUGGUGAAUGGGAUUGGGAUGGUGGCAAUGAUUUAUUAUUUGAUUAUCCACUUAAUUUGUCAAAUACUCCUAAAUCUUAUAUCGAUUCUGCUGUUUCCAAUUUAUUUUAUUUGAAUAAUAUGAUUCAUGAUCUAUUUUAUAGAUAUGGAUUUAAUGAAGUUGCCGGAAAUUUCCAAGAAAAUAAUUAUGGCAAAGGCGGCAAAGAUCAUGAUGCUGUCAUUGCUAAUGCUCAAGAUGGAUCUGGAUACAAUAAUGCAAAUUUUGCCACGCCUCCUGAUGGUCAACAUGGUAAAAUGCGUAUGUAUGUUUGGGAUGUGGUCGAUCCACUUAGAGAUGGUGAUUUAGAAGCCGGUAUCGUUAUUCAUGAAUAUUCUCAUGGUAUAUCAACCAGAUUAACAGGCGGACCAGCAAAUAGUGGUUGUUUAGGAUGGGGCGAAGCCGGUGGUAUGGGUGAAGGUUGGGGUGACUUUUUUGCGACUAUAUUACGUAUGAAAGAAGAAUAUAAUCGUAGCGUAGAAUUUGGAAUGGGUGAAUGGGCAAAUGGUGGUGAGGGUAUUAGGGCUUAUCCUUACUCAACCUCUCUUAAAACCAAUCCUGAAACAUUUGGUUACUUGGACAAACCAGGAUAUUGGGGUGUCCAUGCUAAAGGUGCUGUAUGGGCUGGAAUUUUAUAUGAAGUUUAUUGGAAUCUUGUUGACAAACUUGGGUUCACAUCAUCCUGGUUUCCACCAACAGAUGAAGAAGAUUAUAGUUGGUAUGAUAGAUCGAUAAUUGACGGAUUCAAUACAAAUAAAAUUCCAAAACAUGGAAACACAUUAUUUUUACAAUUAGUGGUUGAUGGUAUGAAACUUCAACCAUGUAGACCAACUUUUAUCAAUGCAAGAGAUGCAAUCUUGCAAGCUGAUGAAAUCUUAACUGGUGGUGAAAAUAAGUGCGAAAUCUGGAAAGGAUUCGCUAAACGUGGUUUGGGUGUCAAGGCUAAACUUGUUGGCGGUCCUGACUGGGGUGGUGUCAGAAAAGAAAAUUUUGAUGUUCCUACUUCUUGUUCUCACAUCUGUUAA